UAGCCACCGGUAAUCCAUUAUGCAACUGUUGCGUUCGACUGACGACGGCUAUGGGAGUUACAGACCUACACUGUCAUUUACAUUUUUUUUUUAAUUUUGACAGCUGAAGUUAAAUGUAUAUCAUAGCUGAAUAAGUUUAAAUGGAAAUCUAUAAUCAAGUAAACAACGAUAAUUAUACCUCAGAAAACAAACAUGGCCAAAUGUGUUUUCAUUCAGAGUUGUUCGUUUUAACGUGAAGAAAGCCUCGCCCCAUAACAUAAAGGAUAUUCGUACAACUAUGGUUCAGACAAGGAGAUAUUCUCUUGGCAUCAUCUUUGUGACUUGCUUCGCCGGGCCAUGGGCAGACACCCUCGGACGAACAUCAAUAACCUUCAGUGCCAGCAAUAUGCAAGGCUAUGACCUCACCUUCAGAGGUUCUUCUGUCACAACAUGGACUUGCCUGUUCCAAAAUGGAUCUUUGGUUCUCUCAAGGUCAUCAUCAGUAAACGUGGCAGGCGAUGAUUACUAUCUGUACGCUUGUAUGUUGGUAAAUACUGUAUCCAGUACCAAAUUCUACUACCAUCUAAUGUCAGAUACAUACAAUACGGUCGUCAGGUCAAGUAUACCUCUCCGUAUAGAUCCCAAAAUGAUGUCGGUGACAGUGACAGACAUGUGUACGAUUUGUGCGCAGACUCCAACAUCAGUCUCCCUUACUGUUACGGAUUAUACUGUUAUGACAAGCGACGGAACGACGACAGCAUCAGGAUCCAUUACAUCCCCGACGUUCGCAGCUAACCCAUGUGACCCUACAGCUACGACACAAGCACCGACAACGACAUCUACCGUAACUCAAACGGAAAAUGCCACAAGCACUUCGUCUGCAGAAUCAUCAACCAACGCUGCAGCAAUCGCCGGGGGAACUGUGGGUGGUAUCGCGGCUCUUACUGGAAUAUUGGCAGUAAUAGGUAUUAAAAAGAAAAAACAAUUGUGUUUUAAGUCUGGGCCUACCGGACAAGAGUUGGUGUUCGGGGAAUGA